GCAAAGCAAGGCGAGGCCAGAAGGUACCAGACAGACAGCUAGAGUGAGACACAGACAGGGGGAAGACAGAGAAAAAGACCGUCAGUCAGACAGACAGACAAUAAGUAGAGACUGAUGUUUUCUGGAAUUAUUCAUUAAAUUAACAUCAGAAGCAGGAGUUAAUAACAAGAAGACUGAGGAGUUGCUACAGCGCUACACGAUGCCAGGAUGGCGCCUCUGCUGCCCCCUGUUGGUUCAGAGGUCUUCAGACGCUUCACUCCAUCCUCGUUGGAGGAGCUCCUUAAACAUCACAAACUCGUGGAGAAGGAGCAACAGAGCAGGAAGGAGAAGAAUAUAGAGAUAGCGGAGGAAGAUCUUCCUAAGCCAGCCAGCGACUUAGAGGCCGGAAAGCCUCUCCCAUUCAUCUACGGAGACCCACCCCCUGGACUUUUGAACACACCAUUGGAGGAGCUGGAUCCUUUCUACAAAUCACACAAGACGUUCAUCGUCCUCGGUAAAGGAAACAUCAUCUAUCGGUUCAAUGCUGAGUCAGCCUGUUACCUGCUCAGUCCAUUCAACCCUCUGAGGACUGUCGCCAUCCGGAUCCUAAUCCACUCAUUAUUCAGUUUGUUCAUAAUGGUAACCAUUCUGGCCAACUGUGCCUUCAUGACUCUGAGUGACCCUCCAGAAUGGAUCAAAACUGUGGAGUACGUGUUCACUUUCAUCUACACGUUUGAAGCAACGAUCAAAGUUCUGUCCAGAGGAUUCUGUGUCGGUGGUUUUACAUUUCUGAAGGACCCAUGGAACUGGUUGGACUUCAUGGUCAUCAGCAUGGCAUACCUGACAGAGUUUGUAGAUUUGGGAAACGUUUCUGUGUUGAGAACGUUCAGAGUCCUUCGAGCUUUGAAGACGAUCACAGUCAUUCCUGGCCUGAAGACGAUAGUCGGAGCUCUCAUCCAAUCAGUGAAGAAGUUGGCUGACGUCAUGAUUCUGACCGUCUUCUGCCUCAGCGUCUUCGCUCUGAUUGGUCUGCAGCUUUUCAUGGGAAACCUGCGGCAAAAAUGUGUCCUGAUCUCACCAUUGUUGCUUAGUAACAACAUCUCUGACUCUAUCAUUGGUACUGGGUACCAUGGCGACAACAACACCAAAAGUAACCAUACAGGAAGGGGUGACUUUGAUUACUCCGAGCACAUCAAUAACCCAGAGAACUACUACUACCAGCCAGGUCAACUUGAUGCUCUGCUGUGUGGUAACAGCUCUGAUGCCGGGGUCUGUCCUGAGGGUUACGUCUGUCUAAAAGCUGGGAGAAACCCAAACUACGACUACACCAGCUACGACUCGUUUGGUUGGGCCUUCCUGUCUCUGUUCAGACUGAUGACCCAGGACUUCUGGGAGAACCUGUUCCAGCUGACCCUGCGAGCGGCCGGUAAGACCUACAUGAUGUUCUUUGUGGUGGUCAUCUUCCUCGGCUCCUUCUACCUCAUUAACCUCAUCCUGGCGGUGGUUGCAAUGGCGUACGCUGAGCAGAACGAGGCCACCAUGGCCGAGGCCAAGGAAAAGGAGGAGGAGUACGCUCAGAUCCUGGAGAUGCUGAAGAAUAGAGAGGAGGAGACGGCCCGCAGGGCACAACUCUCAGAGGAACAACAUACAGCACCACAGAAGACGACUUCUUCUGCAGAAAUAAAGGGCCAUGAGCAAGAACACACUACCAUGGAAGACUUUGCAGACGACCAGAGGCCGUGCCCUUCAUGUUGGUAUGUCUUCUCUGACAUCUUCCUGAAAUGGAACUGUUGUGGCUGCUGGCGGCGGCUCAAACAGUUCCUCUACAUCGUUGUCAUGGACCCUUUCAUUGACCUCGGCAUCACCAUCUGUAUCGUCCUCAACACCGUCUUCAUGGCCAUGGAGCAUUACCCCAUGACUGAGGAAUUUGAGGAGCUUCUGAGCAUUGGGAAUCUGGUCUUCACAGGGAUCUUCACAGCUGAGAUGGUCCUUAAACUUCUGGCCAUGGACCCUUACUACUACUUCCAGGUGGGUUGGAACAUCUUUGACAGCAUCAUUGUCACCAUGAGUCUUGUGGAGCUGGGAUUGGCUGACGUUCAGGGCCUGUCUGUGCUGCGCUCCUUCCGAUUGAUGCGAGUCUUUAAGCUGGCCAAGUCGUGGCCGACCCUCAACAUGUUGAUCAAGAUCAUUGGGAACUCGGUGGGAGCUCUGGGGAACCUAACUCUGGUCCUGGCCAUCAUUGUCUUCAUCUUCGCAGUUGUUGGCAUGCAGCUGUUCGGGAAAAACUACAAAGAGUGCGUCUGUCGCAUUUCACUUGACUGCGAACUUCCCCGCUGGCAUAUGGACGACUUCUUCCAUGCCUUCCUCAUCAUCUUCAGGAUCCUGUGUGGCGAGUGGAUUGAAACCAUGUGGGACUGCAUGGAGGUCUCAGGUCAGACCAUGUGUCUGAUUAUCUUCAUGAUGGUCCUUGUCAUCGGAAAUCUUGUGGUCCUGAAUCUCUUCCUCGCUUUGUUGCUGAGUUCAUUCAGUGGUGAUAAUCUUGCGGCUCCAGAAGAAGAAGGAGAAAACAAUCUUCAGAUUGCCAUUAACAGAAUCAGCCAGGCUGUGGCUUGGGCAAAGAAAUGGAUCCUGGAACAAUUCUGGACUCUCACUGGAAAGAGGAACCACGUUAACCCAGACCCCCUCGGGGUUGACAUUAAAGAAGACAACAGGACGACACAGGAGAUUUUACCUUUGACCUUAGUGACUUUGGGCCAGCCUUUGUCAAAGGUCAAGUCCCUUGACUAUUACCAUGGCAACAUGGUCCCUAUUGCAGAGGCCGAGUCUGACCUAGAGACGCCCGACAACGAUGAAGAGGAAGAAGAUGAGGAGGAAGAAACGCAGUCCCAUUGUGAUGAGUCAUCGGUUUGCAGCACGAUACAGAAACCUCCUGAAGCUCUUGAAGAUGCAGAAAAAGAAGAGCAUGAAGCAAACAGCCCUGAGGACUGUUUCACAGACGAUUGUUACAGACGCUGCCCAUUCCUAGACAUAGACACGUCCCAGAGCAGAGGGAAGGUGUGGUCUAACAUCAGGAGUACCUGCUUCUUCAUCGUAGAACACAACUACUUUGAGACCUUCAUCAUUUUCAUGAUCCUGCUGAGCAGUGGAGCUCUGGCGUUUGAGGACAUCUACCUGGAGCAGCGGCGGGUCAUAAAGACGAUCCUGGAGUACGCAGACCAGGUGUUCACCUACGUGUUUGUGGUGGAGAUGAUUCUAAAGUGGGUCGCCUAUGGAUUCAAGACUUACUUCACCAACGCAUGGUGCUGGCUCGACUUCCUUAUUGUAGAUGUGUCUCUAGUGUCACUCACAGCAAACAUCUUGGGAUACUCAGAGCUGGGAGCCAUCAAGUCACUGAGGACUCUGAGAGCUCUAAGGCCACUGAGGGCACUGUCUCGCUUUGAGGGCAUGAGGGUGGUGGUAAAUGCUCUUGUUGGAGCCAUCCCCUCCAUCUUCAACGUGCUCCUGGUUUGUCUGAUCUUCUGGCUCAUUUUCAGUAUCAUGGGAGUGAAUAUGUUUGCAGGAAAGUUUUAUCAUUGUUUCAACGAGACAUCUGCAGAGAUGUUUCUCCCUGAAGACGUCAACAACAGGAGCGAGUGCAUCGCUCUGAUAAAGGCAAAUUUCACGGAGGUGCGCUGGAAGAAUAUAAAGGUCAACUACGACAAUGUGGGGAUGGGAUACCUGUCACUGCUGCAAGUGGCUACUUUUAAGGGCUGGAUGGACAUCAUGUAUGCAGCUGUGGACUCCAGAGACGUGGAGUCCCAGCCGUUAUACGAGGCCAAUUUGUACAUGUACCUAUACUUUGUCAUCUUCAUCAUUUUUGGCUCCUUCUUCACCCUCAAUCUUUUCAUCGGAGUCAUCAUAGACAACUUCAACCAGCAGAAAUCUAAGUUAGGAGGAACAGAUCUUUUCAUGACAGAGGAGCAGAAGAAAUACUACAAUGCUAUGAAGAAACUCGGUUCUAAGAAACCUCAGAAACCGGUUCCACGACCCGAGAACAAGUUCCAGGCUUUGGUUUUUGACCUGGUGACCACACAGCUUUUUGACAUCUUCAUUAUGGUCUUGAUCUGCCUCAACAUGGUGACCAUGAUGGUGGAGACAGAUGAGCAGAGCAAGGAGAAGGAGAUGAUCCUGUACUGGGUCAACCUUGUUUUCAUCAUCGUCUUCACUACAGAGUGCUCUCUAAAGAUGAUCGCUCUACGGCAGCACUACUUCGCUGUCGGAUGGAACAUCUUUGACUUUGUUGUUGUCAUCCUGUCCAUUGUAGGCCUUCUCCUUGCUGACAUCAUAGAGAAAUAUUUCGUUUCUCCCACGCUGUUCCGUGUUAUCCGAUUGGCUCGCAUCGGCCGAGUCCUUCGUCUCAUUCGUGGAGCCAAGGGGAUCCGGACACUGCUGUUUGCCCUGAUGAUGUCACUUCCUGCCUUAUUUAACAUCGGCCUGUUACUCUUCCUGAUCAUGUUCAUAUUUUCCAUCUUUGGCAUGUCUAACUUUGCAUAUGUGAGGAAAGAGGCCAUGAUUGACGAUAUGUUUAACUUUGAGACAUUUGGGAACAGCAUGAUCUGUUUGUUUAUGAUCACCACGUCGGCUGGGUGGGACGGUCUGCUUAAUCCCAUCAUGAACACACCACCGGACUGCGACCCCAAUUUGGAGAACCCUGGAUCCAUGGUCCGCGGAGACUGUGGCAGCCCAGCAUUAGGCAUCGUCUUCUUCACCACCUACAUCAUCAUGUCCUUUUUAGUUGUGGUCAACAUGUACAUCGCUAUCAUCCUGGAGAACUUCAACGUGGCUACAGAGGAGAGCGCUGACCCGCUGUGUGAGGAUGACUUUGAGAUGUUCUAUGAAACAUGGGAGAAGUUUGACCCUGACGCUUCUCAGUUCAUACAGUACAGCAAGCUGUCAGAUUUCUGCGACACUCUGAAGGAUCCUCUGAGGAUUGCCAAACCCAACACCAUUAAACUGAUCCACAUGGAUCUGCCUCUGGUUCCUGGAGACAAGAUCCACUGUUUGGACAUCCUGCUGGCUCUCACUGCACAGGUUCUGGGUGAUUCAGGAGAGAUGGACGCUCUCAAAGCUAGCAUGGAGGAGAAGUUCAUGGCCAAUAAUCCCUCUAAGGUGUCCUAUGAACCGAUCAGCAGCACUCUGCGGAGGAAACAGGAAGAGAUGGCAGCAAUGGUGAUCCAGAGAGCUUACAGGAAACACCUUCUAAAGCGGACCGUCAAAUUGGCCUCGUACAAAUACCGAGAGAAGAUGGAGGGGAGGCGAGACAUGUUGUCGCCCUCUGAGACUGAAGGAGUUCUCUAUAAACGUAUCAGUCAGCUGUACGGAGACAGCAAGGACACAGAGGAGCCCAGAUCAGGGGUUUCAGGUGAGGGUCCUCUCACCCGGGUGGAGCUUCAGAGCGAGUAUCUCCUCCAUGCUGCACCUACCCUCAAUACUUCCAACUUCCUACCUGAUGAGAACCUGAGAGAAUCCAUCGUCUGAUGUUUGACAUCUUUCUCCUCGUUGCCCUUUGUAUGACCUCACCUGUCGGAG